AUGAAAUCUCAUGUUUCACUGUCUUUAGAGAGUUGGAAAUCUGAAGACUUUGAAAAUCUUUCAGCAUUAGAGAAAGCUGGAAGCUUUAUCAUUAGCCUCACAAACAGUCGUCGCAAGGAAAGAAGAAGUCGGAAGAUAUUCGAAUUAAUUAAGAAGAACACUGAAUUUUCAUCUUGUAGCGUAGGACAUGAAAUGAAACGUCAUGAUGAAGAAAGGAAAGAUGAAGAUGAAAAAAUUAAGAAUAAUCCCUCGUCGGAGUAUUCUUAUAGCCUAUUUGAAAUGUAUGGGAAGAGAAAGCAUUUCACUCAAACAUUUCAGAUAACAAGAAACACUAGGAGAUUAAUUCCUCUGAAUAUUCUCUACUUAAGAACCGCUUAG